AGAAAAAUAAAUAUGGCCGCCCGGUGCAGCGUGUGUCUUUUCAUGAAAGCGUUAAGAAUUCUUUAAUAUAUGACUAUGUUUAAUUAUUUAUGGUCUUUUUAUAUCAAAAUAUACGUUUCAGAUGUAAAUAAAGUGUAAAAUUAAUUAAUAAUGGCCUCGGUUUUACGACGUUACGGACUUUUAACAAUUCGUCAAUUUCAAUGCUCGAGGUUAUUACAUAAGAACUCGCGGGUAAUAUUUAACAGUUUGCAUUUUGGUACGUUAACAGAUAAUAAAGCGUUAAGUUUGACCCCCGAACAGGAGAUGAACAAUGCAAAUAACGUGGAACAAUUACUUUCUUUUUCUGAUAAGAUAGAUAUUACUGGACGUAGUGCUGUGCAGAUACUGCAGAUGCUAAAUAAAUGGAUAAUAAGUGGGCAAACUAACCUGACAGAGUUUAAUGAUGAUCUGAGGUUCCACACUAUCUGUAAUGUACUAAGGAGAGACUGCCAGAAAAUGACUCAUAAUUCUAUCAUCUUUGCACUUCGUAAUAUGUUAGAAAUGGGAUUGCCUCCGGAAUCUGAUUUAGUGAGAUUUUACGAAAACGAAAUGCUGUGGAAAGCUAGAAAGAUGAAUUUAAAAACUUUGAUUACGUGUAUGAUUGUCCAGAGACGUUACCAGGAGACUGACUUACAAGUCGAAGUGCUGAACAAAGUGGUGCAGGUGAUUCACAAGAGGUGGUUUGAAAUAGCUGACGCGUCCGACGUGAUCAGGUUGCUGCAGAAUUCGGAUCUGCUGGACGAGGAGUUUGUCGACCGAGUCGAAGACAAGCUUCUCGAACUGUUGCGCGAUAUGACUCUGGUGGAGUUGCAUAAGAUUCUGGUGUGUUUUUCUCAGUUGAACCGUCGCCCCACUCCUAUACUUAAAGCCAUAUCUUAUCACGUAAAUCAGAAGAAUGACAAAUUGGAUGCCAAGCAGUUGGUUAACACGUUGUUUGCUUUAAAUGUGUUGUCUUUUCCCGACUCUAUUUUGUUGCAAAAAAUUGAAAAUGAUUUACUAGUAGAAAUUCCAAAUAUAAAUAAACCACAAAUGAUGCUUACUCUAUUGAUUUCAAUUGGUCAGCUUUCUUGGAGAAAUAAAAAUUUAAUAGAAGCUUGCAGCGAUUGGAUGUUGAAAAACUUGAAUCUCUGUCGGCCACAAGAAUUAGCAGCGUAUGUUAUCACUCUGGCAAAAGUGAAUUAUAUUCCUGCCGAAAAGAAGAAGAUUUUUGAUUUGAUUUUACCUCGGCUUUCGGAGAAAACCGUCGAAGUUAAAAGAGUCUGGCUCGAUGUCGUCUGGUCUUUGGCAAUACUAAAAGAGGUGUCGUCUGAACACUUGGCUUCUGUACUGAAACCCUCCUUUUACCAAACAGAAAUUGGAAAUGAUAGUUAUCAGAACAAUAUUUUUCGACUGAAGUUAUUAAACGUCAGAUCCGUUGCAGUCAUUGAACAUCCUCUGGAUCCUAAAUUAAUAACAAUAGAGAAACCAGUAUUCAAAUUCACUCAGAUAAAGAAAAGUGAAGAAAGACAAGUUUCUAACUUGGUUGUCCACGCAUUGAGCGAUUUCAUACCAAUUGGAAAAUACAUGGUUGUAAAUCAGGAUUCAUUAAUGGGAAUUACUAUUGAUGCCGAAUUCAUCGUAGACAAGAACGGAAAGCCACAGCCAAUAGAAAUAUAUGGCACGAGGAGUGGCCUCUCUAAUGUAUGCAAACCGUUGCCUAAUAACCUUCACAGGAUAGCUGUAGUCGUUUGGGAUUUUAAAGAUCUUACGUUGGAUGGCCAGUUAACGGGAAUAAAUUCUUUAUACGUCAGGCUUCUGAAGAAAAUAGGCUAUUCUGUUGUAGAGGUUCCAUACACCGAGUUCAACAAUAAAUUAAAUCCUGUGAAAAAGGUGCAGUACCUUCAAGAUAAAAUAGCCCAAGCCAUUUAAAUUAAGUUCAAUAUUAAAAAGAAAAUUAAUUUUUAUUAACUCUUUUCAUAAAGACAACUCUGUAUAGAAUCUAAAUAAAAGAUUAAAAUAUA